UCGGACAAAUGGUCGUUUGUUGGGUGACUAGGAUGUUGUUUCUUAUGGAUUGGAUGGAAGUCAGAAAUGUAGCUACACGCCCUGCUGGAGCAGCUGUCAGACCCAAUAAAAGCGUUUCGAAUAUAAUAUUUCGAUAUGCCUAUCCAAAUCAGGCUGCUAUGUAUUUGCCAAAUGGACAAGCGAUUGUUUCACAAAUUUUUAGGGACAAAGCUACUCACAAUGCAACAUAUGUGGAUAUGGAAAAACUAUCUAAAGCAAUGAGUUUUUUCUUGGAAGUGAGUCAUUAGGGACCUGAAGGUCCUCCAGGUGGAUUUUCAGUUGGAAAAUUUCCUCAAAGAAUACGUGGUGUUAAUUCUCAUGGAAGACACUCUCGUCAUAUUAUUCGCAAGCGGAGAAGAAAUGUGAAAAAUUUACCGAAUCACAAAACUGUAUAUGGUCAUCUUUACUUCAUACCAAAGCCCGGUUCAGAAGCUGAAAGUAUUUUUCUCAAACGUGCAGUUAAAUUAAUAGAAAAAGUCAAAAAUGAGAUGGGAAACCAAACUACUGAAAAUCCCAUAACCUAACAUCCGAGUAAGCCUAAGGCCCCGGGCAGACUUCACGCGAUUUGAUCGUCGCGACUGAAUCGCGACGAGACAACUGUACAACAUCAUUCCAUGC